AGAAAGAGCAGAAGAGAAGGCACUUCGUAUACCAUGCCUACUGUUUAGGUUAAUAGGAAGAGACCGGAUAACUGGACUGGAAAAUGGCUGCUUCAGCGACCUUUAGUGUGCACAAUCCCAUCCCUGAAAAUGAAUCUUAAAACUGGAUAUGCUCAAAAUACUCAUCAAGGAAAGAGGGAACAGGCAACUGACAGCCAGUUGAGAGAGAAGCAAAGUCUAUGUAGUAACAGCCUCAAAACAGCGUACGCUAGAAUAAGAGACCUUCAAGCAAACUUACCUGAAACAACACUGUUCACAGAGAACUGCAAAGCUUAAAAAUGCCACUUUUUGGCUGGAUGAAAUGGUCAAAAAAUGAUUCCUACAAACCCACAAGAUAUCCCGGAUCAGAAGUAGUUACAAAAACCCUACUGAGGGAAUUGAAGUGGCACCUGAAAGAGCGCGAAAGAUUACUGCAAGAGAUUGAAAAUGAACAAAAAGUCCAGAAGACUGGCAUGGAUUACAACUGGCUGAAGAACUGCCAAAACCCUCAAGCAACAAUUCCAGCUACCGAGCAACGACAGCUCGAAGUUCUAUGUUCACAAAUCCAGCCUUGCCAAACGGGAACUGUUCUCAGCAGAUUUCGUGAAGUUUUGGCAGAAAAUGAUGUUUUACCCUGGGAAAUAGUCUACAUAUUCAAGCAAGUUUUAAAAGAUUUUCUUACCACCAUUGAGAGAGAAAACCAACAAGACCAACUGGUAGAUGCAUGGAAUACAAAUUGCUCUGAACAUUUCAGCCUGCGUGGAGACGGUUCCAACAAAUCGGACAAAGAUGAAAUCCCCACAGUUUCAAGUUAUGUCGACAAAAACACACAAAGCAUGUUUCCCACCUUCUCUCAUAGAAUCUGGAAUCUACCCUACUACUAUCCAUCAAGUUAA